AUGGGGGGCAGCAUUGGUGGGAUUGGCCCACGGUCCGCUGUGGUGAUCGAGGGGGCAAUUGGUACAGUACGAAAUAAGGAGAAGGGAAUGGGACUUUUCAAGUCGGUGAAAUACAUGCAGUACAACAGUACUCCGCUACUGUACGGAGUCCUGUUGUUCGGCGAGGAGCGUGUUCUGGCAUGUGAAAUGGGACUUGGGUGGUCGGGGAGGUGCUUGUUGGGCGGUGCCGCCCUGGUAUUGGCGUGA